AUGGCCUCGAACUCGAACUCCAACGCGAUGGGCCGCCUCUUCUGCGCAUACAACAAUGUGGCCAUGGUAAAGCUGUCCGAUGCCCAGGAGCAAGAACUGCUCCAGGAUCUCCUCGACGACGCAAAGAUCAUCUUGAAGGACCCGGGUACAUAUACCGCAGCCACUGUCCUCCCACUUUGCGAGCAACUCGAGUCAACGCUGGAAGCCUACAACGCGUCUAUAGAUGGACCUUAUACGGGCACUUCAUCAAUGCCACCUCCACCAGCGCCUCUUCAUCGCAAAGCUGCCGCUCAGCCACAGCCUGCUGACGACGGAGACGCAACCACCUCCUCCCUUGGCGUCGUUGGAGGUAAAGAGGUGAUUCCACCCAUGUCAGACGACGAGAUCGACUCCUUCCUCGCUUCCGCCACAUACAAAACCCUGGUCCCACCCUGCACAACAAUCAUCAGAGCCGCAGAAAAAGGCCGAUGGAUCGAGCUCCGCUGCCGCACUUGCGGAGGAAACUGCACGCAGGCCGGGCACACACCACUACGUGGUCUGUCCUCAUUCUCCACACAUAUGCAGUACUUCCACGGCAUUCCGCGUGCCUCGGAUGCCCAGACGCUCAAACAGUGCUCGUUCAGAAACGUCGAAGAGCUGGAGGUGCGGGCAAUCCUCGCGAUGGGUACUGCUGGUGCGCCGUUUGUGGAGCUUGUGGAGGUGAGCAAGGAAAAGAAGAUGGCUUCAGCUGGUAAGGGUACCACAGAGGUGGUAGAGAUGCGCAAGAAGGGUGGUGGAACGAAGAAGGUCGUGGUGAGACAGGCGAGAGACCAGGAUAGAGACGACUACAUGGGUGAUGUUUCUUCAUCGACGGCGCCGCAAGCCAGUCUCACCACCACUGACGAUAGCACUGGACGCCGCAGCUCCAGAAUCGCGGACAAGAAGAGAGCCAUGGAGCAGGCAGAUGCCCAAGAACCUGCCGCUCGUCCUGCGAAGAGACAGCGAAAGUCGCGGAUGAGCGAUGAGACGGCAGAGUAUGAGGUGGAUAGGCUGUGGUACGAUGUGGAGGAGAUGGUGUAUAAGACGGAGCAGAAUGUCUGGCUGGCGGACUUGAACGGCAAAGCAGAAGAAGCUGGCUUGUUGGAGGGUCGAGCUCCGAUGCGAAUGUAG